AUGCUUCGAUUCAUCCGCAAUCCCAUUUACAUUACUAGGCGCGCAUUCCUACGUAACACACAACUACAUCCCAUUUCAUUACCCGUCAAUUACGCCCGCACGUCCACUGCCCGUCUUCGAUCCACCGAUGCACACACACACUCGAAUCCGCAAGAUAAAGGGCCGCAUGAUGAAGCACCAUUCUCUACAGGUCCCACGUGGGAGAAGCCUUAUGGAGAAGGACAUACGGUAAGCAAAGCAAAAGAAGUUUUAACAUCGGAAGACAUCCUGAAGGAUACGGACAAGGCAAAGGAGGCCGGUGAAAAAGUAAAGGAAGAUACACAAGCAGGCGUUGAAUAUGGAAAAGAAGCGAUGGAUAAGUUGAAAAAGAAGACAGAAGAGAAAGGAAAAUCAGCGAUGGAAAUGGGCGAGUCAGCUAAAGAAAAGGGAAAGGAUAUGAUGCACAAGACGAAAGAAAUGGUAGAAGAGGAGGCGCAUAAAGCGAAAGAAGCCGUCAAGCACGCAGUUGAUUCUGGGGAAAAGAUGGCGAAGCAUGUUGGACAUAAAGUCAACGAAUCGGCCGCAGAUGUGGCUGAUAAGAUUUAUUACGCGAAGGAGAGCAUAAAUGAGAAGGCUCGACAUGGUAAAGAGUCUAUGGAGAAUAAAGCCGAGUCGAUAAAAGAAUCAGGAAAGGAGUCUUUACAUUCUGCUAGUUCUGAAUCAUCCGCGAAAGACAAAUCCACCAUCGCCUCAUCUGCCGAACCGGAUCACCUAUUCCCAUCUCCAUCGGAAGCAGCCGCAUCGGCGAUAGAGACCGGGCAGAAUUUAUUGCAUAAUGUGAAGGAAAAGGUCGUUGGCACGUUUUCGAAAAUGAUGCAACCCGAGGCUGCUGAUACGCAGGCUGAAGCUGCAGCGAAAGGGAUGAAAGCACGGGCAGUGAGUAAAAAGGAAACUGAGCAUUCGGACGAAAAGGCGGCGGAUUUGAACGCUAAUAUCGGAAUGCAGGAUCAAGUCGGAAGUCUGAACAGACCGUCGCAUGAAUCGGAAUCGAAUAGAAAUCCUUCGACCUCUUCGGGCUUUACCGCACAGGAUGCUAGGAAGCACGAAGAGGCUGAGAAAAAUCAGGCGCGGGCGAAUAUCACCCCCGAAGACCGUUUGCCUCGUGGGCCGUUGAAGGAAACUAAGGAUGUUCUUGAGUCGAUUUAUCCGCGAAAAUCAGCGUGA